AUGGCAUGGCUUGUCAGAUGGAGUGUUAGAGACUGGGCUUCGUGUUUCUCUGUUUGCAGGCUACCCUUAGAUGAUCAUGAACUGACUUCAUCCCCUCACGUGGCAUUUGACAAGAAAAACGAGCAAGGCUUUAAUAGUAUAUGUAACAACAAUUUGUCAAGGCCAUGCAAAAAAUGCAACAACAAGAGACAGUUAAACACUCCAAUAAUAAUAAAGGAUAAAGAUGAUGGGGUUCCAAUUGCAAACAGGUUUAACCAUUCAAGUUGGUCACUCUCCGCAGAUGAAAAUUAUAUAGUGUUCUGCUUUGGAGAGGAUGGAGCACUUGAUGUAGUGAAUGAUAACAAAGGUGUCAAGUUUGAGGGUCUCGAUAGAAUGCAUAAAAAUUCAAGGCCUCUGAAUCGUAAGUUGGAAUAUAGUGAGGAUGAACAAGAUAGUGACUUAAACAUUCAUGAGAAGAGAUCACAUGCAAAUCAGCACCAUAGUGAUCAUCAACAAGAUCAAGAUUGUGUAGCCCCUUAUAAAGAGGUGCAUUGUCACCACCCUGACCUUUCCUUGCAAGAAGAGAAAGAAGAGAUGGCACACACGAGUAGCACACAGCAGCAUAGGGACAGCAUAAGAAGGGCAUGCCAUGUUUUAGGAAUUGAAAACCAUAGGAUGGUGUCUGCAGAAUCAAGGGAAUCUGAAGAAGGAAGUAGAGGUUCUUUUGCAUUCCCCGUGUUGGUUUGGGAAUGGAUUGGAAGCCCUGUACAAAUGCCUAAGUCAGAAGGUUUGCAUCUAAAGAAGCAUAAGGCCCGAUUUGUGCCUCUUCAGUGCUUUAGAUUCUGA